AUUUGUUUUACUGAAAAACCAGGUAGUGAAGUUAGUGGAGCUACUAUAGUGGUAUUGUUGUUUGAAUAUGGAGAUUUUGAACUUUUGUUGUUAUUUGUAGAGAUUUUAGGCUUUGUCAUUUCAGUUGUUGCAUUUGUAAAAAUUUCAGGCUUUGUUGUUGAUGAUUUUCCAGAAAGCCAAAUUUUGAGAGAGUGUGUUAAAAAAAAG